AAGUGGUAACCAGGAAGUGGCUAGUAAGCUAGCAACGGAUAAUGAGCAGCUGAGACACUGGUAUUUUGACAGCUUCAGAAGGGCAGGAUGGGCAGGCAGAGGAAGAGGGUGGUGACUGGUGAAGCUGCUCCCCCUCCAAGGAAAGAUGAGAAGCCCCCUGCAUUUCACCGUAAAGAGAAGAAAAAGAAAGUUGAUAUCGGCAAAGUCUUCAUCAACAUCUCCAUUGGCCUUUGCAUAUUCAGCCUGAUCUGGUUCUUUUACGCCCUCUACAUGCGAUCCAGCCUGGCAAAACGGGUGGUGACCCCGCACCCAUCACCUUCUGUCCUGGAUGCCAACAGCAGCAGUGCCAAGGUCUCUGCAGAGAGGUUCUGGGGCUCAUACAGGCCUCAGGUCUACUUUGGCAUGAAGACCAGGAGUCCUAGGUCAAUUGUGACAGGUUUGAUGUGGAUGCGACAGUUUUCUGACAUGGAUGUUAACCUGAGGCACACUUGUGAGCAAGGGGAUCGCUUACAAGGCUACAGCUGGAUGAUGCACGAUGGGCUCACCUUUGGCGUCCAGGAAAUCCGAGACAACGAUUUCACUCUAACCACAGAGUUUGUCAAGAGGAUGGGAGGGGGUCACGGAGGAGACUGGACCUGGAGGAUUACUGCCAAACAGCACAGCUCGGCCCCUCAAGCACCAGUCAUCUCCUUGAUGAUUUAUGCAGCAGCAGACACCCAGGGCUCACUGGAGGCUCACGUUGAAGACCGAAACCGCCUUGCAUCCAUCACUGGUUUCUCAGAGGAGCUUGGAAACUUUAAGAUCACCUUCCGGAAGCCAGUAACCGGGGAGUUAUCAAGUGCUAAAUAUGCAAGCUACAACUAUCUUCAGACUGUCUCUCCUGGCUUGGAGAAGCUGAAUGACAUUGUGAAGCAAAGUCUGAACCGCAGGUUUGUCUACAGCCCUCCUUCUGGUGAGAAGAGGCAUUACAUAGCUGUAGACACCUACAAGCCCCCCCACCACCAGAGCCAACAGAAACCUGCUGAGACAAGGAAAGAGAGUGACUUUGUGGUUCAUCAGGUGACCGUCCAGAUGCCGUUCCAGAUUGAAGUUCUGUUUGAGUCUGGCAGCUUCCACAGCCGUCCCAACCAACUUGUGGGCUCAACCAUGACUCAGGAGCUGGAAAGGAGGAAAGCUGAGUUUGACUCAAAGUUUGAGAAGACUUUUGGGCUUGAGAGCAAAGGUUUUAGCCAGGCACAUAUUAAGUUUGGCAAAGCAGCGCUCAGCAACAUGUUGGGUGGAAUGGGCUACUUUUAUGGUCAGUCAGUGGUACAGUCGGUGUACAAUGAAUACCCGCUCCUGUAUCCUGAAGGCGCUUUAUUCACUGCCGUACCAUCACGCUCUUUCUUUCCCAGAGGAUUCCUCUGGGAUGAGGGCUUCCACCAGCUGCUGCUGAGCAAGUGGGAUCCCCAGGUGACCAGGGAGGCUAUUGCCCACUGGAUAGACCUGAUGAAUAUGGAGGGCUGGAUCCCCCGCGAGCAAAUCCUGGGAGACGAGGCUCGCAGUAAAGUCCCAGCUGAGUUUGUAGUUCAGCGUAACGAGAACGCAAACCCACCUACUCUUUUCUUAGCUCUUCAGGAACUAAUCGAACAGCUCGCUUCAAAUCCUGAGAAGUCUUCAUCUAAACCAACCUUGCCAUUCCUGCGACGGCUCUUCCCUCGACUGAAAACCUGGUUUGAAUGGUACAACACCACACAGUCAGGGCCCCUACCAAACUCCUACCGCUGGCGUGGACGUGACAAGGACACUAAUCUUUUCCUCAAUCCCAAGACCUUGACCUCCGGGCUGGACGACUACCCUCGGGCCUCACACCCCUCAGCAGAUGAGCGCCAUGUAGAUCUACACUGCUGGAUGACCUUGUCCUCGGGCAUCAUGGCGAGUAUAGCCCGGCUUCUAGACGAGCCCCAUCAGGAAUAUGAACUCACCCACCAGGUGCUCAGUGACAACAACCUGCUCAAUGAGCUCCACUGGUCAGAUCAACUUCGUGCUUUCAGUGACUUUGGCAACCACACCCAGGCUGUGUCCUUGCAGCAGGAGAAGGUGUACGUCCCUCCUGGACAGCCUCGUCAUCAGUUCCCUGUGGCACGCCUUGUACGCUCAGUCCGCCGGGCCCCCAAGCUGCAGUAUGUUAAUGCUUUUGGUUAUGUUAGCUUGUUCCCUUUUUUACUGCACAUUCUUACACCGGAUUCACCCAAACUAGAACAUAUCUUGCGUGACAUGAGAGACUCCAAUAAGCUUUGGACGCCCUACGGCCUGCGUUCAAUCUCUAAGGCCGAUCCGAUGUAUAUGAAGAGAAACACUGAGCACGAUGCCCCCUACUGGAGGGGACCGAUAUGGAUUAACAUCAACUACUUGGCAGUCAGAGCCCUGCACCAUUACAGCAACGCAGAAGGGCCAUAUCAGGAGAAGGCAGCUGCUCUUUAUGAGGAACUCAGGACUAACAUCAUCAAUAAUGUUUAUAGACAGUAUGUUGAAACAGGGUAUAUCUGGGAACAGUACAAUGACGGCACUGGCAGGGGCCAAGGAAGCCACCCGUUCACCGGCUGGUCCGCCCUGACAGUAUUAAUGAUGGCUGAACAGUAUUGAUACUAUAGAUUUCAUCUCAUGUUUUCUAAGAUAUUGGCCUUCAUUUAACUGGACGUGAUUAAAACAGCAACAAGGUCAGGCGAUAAGAUACAGCAAUAGGUCUUGUCUGGUUUAUAAAACUAAAUUUAAAAGAGCUGAAGAAUUCUGAUUUUCCAGCUGAAAAAUAGGCAUUUAUGAUCACACUUCCACAUUUAACCUUUAAUUAAAAUAACAGGUUUCACACAGGUAUUCUCUGAAGGGCAAUUUCAAGCAAGUGUUAAGUGCAGCUACCCUGUCUUUGCUGUAUGUGGAGCCAAGCACUCGUGCUGGUCUAGUGCUUCAGUUAUAGGAAGCACUUAAUAACCUCACAGCUUCAGACGACCACAACUUCAUUGCUUCACGCUGAAAUUUUUUAAUAUGGAAAAUCAAGAUGGGUGAUUACAGUAUUUUUAGUAUUUAAUAUGUUGGAGAUGGCUGAUCCAGAUCUGUGGAUAUAUAAGAAUUGUUUCUAUUUUGGGGAAAAUAAAUGCAUAAGGGGCAAGUUUCACAUUCACUUACUUAACAAAUGAGGGCCAUUAUUUUUAUUGUGCCAUUUCUCUUGAAUCAUAUGUCUUCAGUUCUCUGUCUUAAUGAUUGGUCAUUUUGAUAUUUAAUUGUUAAUUACAGUCUUUCACUCAGAAGUUAUGUACAGUGUUACGCAGCAUUUCUUAAAUCACUGCUUCUAAAAGCAGCCAUAUUUUGUACACACAUCCUGUGGUUUGACUGGCAGGGAAUACAACAUUGACUGUGACAUUGGUUUUGUUUUGUUUAAACAAUAAAUGGUUUAAAUAUA